UACACUGUACCGGGUCACACUGUAAAUUACCUGUUGAGUAUCACACCGAACUGCAUUGGGCGCGUAAUUUAAAUAUUUAAUAAUAGAUUUUUAUUAGGAAAACUUUAAUUGUUUAUUUGGCUUUUACCUACCUUUAUAUCCUUUCCAUUGUAUAACCCGAUGAUAAGUAUAAAGCUGUACUAACCUAUAAAAGUUAAUUGCACUAACCUUGUACAAGUUAUUCAGUGUUCAUCAGUUAUUCAGUGUUCAUCAGUUAUUUUUCAGUGUUUAAAGUAAAUUAUCUGUUAUAUAUAUAAUUAUUAUGAAGCUCCAAGAUAGCUAUAAAUCAUUUGAAGAGUUCGAGAGCAGCUUUAGGGUCUACAAAGACGUGAAUUUUGUAGAUUUCUUUAUAAAAGACUGCCAGACAUUAACCUCCAUUAACGCGAAAUUUCCAAAUGGCAGAAUGAUGACAGCAUCCAGUGACUUAAAAUAUUAUUAUAUUAAAUUUUGUUGUGUGCAUGGAGGAUGCUACAAAAAAAAAAAAACCCUUGACCAACGUUCUACAUCUACAAUGCGCCAAGGCUGUGAUGAUGGCAUUUACCUGAAGGCAUCAGAUGAUGGAAAAUCUCUAGUCAUCACAAAGAUGACUGAGGACCACAACCAUGAGGUUUCCAAGAUACUGUAUGAUCAUCUCCCUAACCAAAGGAAAAUAACCCCCGAAAAUAAGGCCACCGUAUUGGAGCUUAUGGACCUCAAAGCAAAUAAAAAAAUUAUUCAACAUAAAAUAAUGAACGAAAGUGGGAAGAUUGUUACUUUAAAAGACUUAUCAAAUAUUCAUACUACAGGCAGAAAUAAUGAUUCAAAGAACAAUUUAGUGGAGGUUGUUAAUAAAUUAAAGACCAAAUUUAAUUGUAUUGUUGAAAUAUCAACAGAUGAGUCAAAUAACCUCAAUGGUGUUUUUAUACAGGACAGAUUCAUGACUGAAUCGUUUGAAGCAUUUCCUGAAGUAGUUUUUGCAGAUGCUACUUACAAACUGCUCGACUUAAGAUUGCCAGUAUAUGUGUUAAUGACGGAGGAUGGCAACGGACAGAGUGAAAUUGCAGCAAUUGGCUUAUUAGUGAACGAGGAAGAAGUUACCUUGCGCUGGUUUUGUAUGUAUUAA